AAGUAUGGUUACUAUGGUAGAACUUCUUACUGUCCGCGCAUAAUCCCGUGAUCCACUGCCGGCCCUGGAGACGAGACAAUGCGCUUCUCUCUCCCUUAGACUAGACUAAGCCCUUUGUCUCUUUCUCCCACACGCCCCCCCGAGUCGUCCUGGAUCCUGAGGAGUGUAUAGAGAUGUCUCAGACGCAGAGCGCCCCUGCGUUCUCUCCCACCACGGACUUGGCUUCUCUGGAGACACCGCGCGCACCCAACGGCAGUCUCUCCAUCACGGCGCUUGCGCGUUUCGAGUUCGAAGCUGGCAAGGGAAAUGAGGGAACUAAGAUUCUUAUGGUGGAAUGGGAAAAUGACGACCUGACCCGAUCUCCUUCUGGCUCCUGGCAUGUUUCCUGGGAAGGCAAAACGACUGUUCUGCCUGCCGAUGAACAAACCAGCGAGCACACGCGUCGUUUCUACUUUCUUCUCCCUCCGGGCGUGACAAUUCCGCCAGUGAUCACAUUGACCUAUGAGCCUCCUCCAAAUUCUGCAACGACAGCAAAGAAAAAUGAUUCACUUCAGCUGAACCCGCUACCGGCAAUCUUCCCGGCCGAACUGGGAGCUACGGCACGCACUGCUGGAAAGAAAGGAGUGUUGCAUACCAUAUGGGCGAAGAAGCGUUUGCAAGUAUUGGAGAAGGAGAUCCGGGAAGAGUGUCUGAACAAUGCUGAGGGAGUGGCCUUGCACAUGGCUAUCCAGGAGAAGGAAUGGAUCGAGUCGAACUUUGGGGUUACUGCACGACCGCAGACAGAAUCCCUGAACACGAGCCUGUCUGUCUCAACUACUUCCUAUCCGAUGGGACCAACGACUCCCGUGUCUCCGACAAGUGGCAGGAAACUGGCAGACAAACUCAAAGGACUGAAGCUAGAGACGAGUGAAAAGGAUCUGGCUAAGAGAGCUGCAGGAGCAAUGGAUACUCCGAACAGUGUCGAUGAUGGAGCACAUCUCCUUUCGCCCCAAUCGCCCGAUGUUGCCGUAUCUUCCUACAAUUCCUUCCGCAACACUCCUGUCUCAGAACCUCCCCGAAAAGCCGUCGUCCACCACCCUCCUGCAUCGGUCCAAGCUCAGCAGAAUUCUGCACAGAACCUCUUCGGGUCAAUGGACACCAUCGCUCGUACCUCAAGCGCUGAUUCUGACAACGAACUGUUCGCCAAAGCGCUUAGUCCGCGAUCACCCGACAUCCCUCGAAGUCCCUUUUCGUUUGCACCCGAGGAGACCCUGCGUUACGUAGCACCAAAAGGGGUGUGAGCGAACAAAACAAAAGAAAAGAAAAGAAAAAAAACUGUCCAUGUUCUCCUCCCCAUCUCACCUAUUUUACGCCAGAAACGACCCUUCAAUGCUUAAUCAUGAAAACAAAAGCCAUGAGUUCUUUC